AUCUUACCACACCACAACCACAACCCGCCUCGUCAACAACAACAACAACCGCGAACAUGGCGCCUUCUAAAAUCCGCAUCGCUACCGCCUCCCCCUCCACCCAAUCCACCACCCCCGAAACCCUCUCGCAAAUUUCCCACCUCGCCCGCCGCGCCGCCUCCAAUCAUGUUGACAUUCUCCUCCUCCCCGAGGCCUACAUUGGCGGCUACCCGCGCGGCACCAACUUUGGGUGCGUUAUGGGCUCGCGGUCGGCCGAGGGGAGGGACGAGUACCUCCGGUACUUCCAGGCCGCGGUAGAUUUGGGGGAUAUCGUUGGGGAAGGGGGUGCCGGGGGGCUGGAGAAGUGGGUGCGGAGGGAGUUGGUUGGUGAUGAGAUUCAGGGAAGGGUGCAGGAGGGGGACAAGGGGGACAAGGUGAAGAACAAGAGGGGGGAUGGGACCAGGGAGGAGUUGGAACGUAUCGCGAGGGAGACGGGGGUGUUCUUGGUGACGGGGUGUAUCGAGAAGGCGGGCGGGAGUCUCUAUUGCAGUGCGGUUUAUUUGUGUCCGAAGAUGGGCAUGAUUGGGAAGAGGAGAAAGGUUAUGCCUACCGCUAUCGAACGACUAGUUUGGGCCCAAGGUUCUCCCGCCACCCUUCGCGCCGUUAGCACCGUCAUCCGCGGCGUCCGCGUCAACCUCGCCGCUGCCAUCUGCUGGGAGAACUACAUGCCCAUGCUUCGCCAAUCGCUCUACUCGCAGAACAUCAACCUUUAUCUUGCUCCGACCGCCGACGGCCGUGACACAUGGCUACCCCUGAUGAAGACCGUUGCCAUUGAAGGCCGGUGCUUUGUUGUCAGUUCCAACAUGUGUGUGCGCAAAGAUGGAGACAAGCAACAAGCCAAGACCAACGGUGGCCCCGCUCUCGCCCAGCAGCAGGAGCAACAGCAGCAAACCGGCACGAGCGCCAUCGCCGACCCCUCGCCGUAUUCUCACAACGACAGUCACAGCCGUCCCAAGCAUAUCCGCAGACAGUCCAUCUUCGACGAAGACGGCAACGAGAUCGUCCUGCCCUGCUGCAACGAGCAAGGUGUUGUUGAAGUCGAGGCGGAAGCCGGGGUUGACGACGAGGCCGUGUCCACCACGACGGCCAAGACUUCCUUGUCUUCUGCUGCUACUCCAGCAGCAUCGGUUCCGGCUCCGGCUCUGGCACCCAAGCCGGAAAACAAUGGGAAAACGUUCAAGUCCCCUGUUAUUGAUAGGUCCACUGGUGCCAAGACGGCGGAAGAGUUUGUGUCUCGUGGUGGCUCGGCGAUUGUCUCGCCGUUUGGAGACGUGCUUGCCGGUCCGCAGUGGGAGGAUGAUGAGGGGAUUAUAUGGGCGGAUGUUGACUUUGAGGAUUGUAUCCGCGGACGGCUGGAUUUGGAUACUGCGGGGAGUUAUUCGAGGAACGACUCCUUCAAACUCACGGUCGAAGGCCUUGACUUGUCGCCUUUGCCGUACCAAUGAGAAUGGUUUUGGUCAUGCCGGUAUUUUGGAUGCGUUGAAAAAUGCAGUCGAAGAUGCGAGACUUCUGUGGACGAAUUGACUAAGCCGUAUUCUCUCAACAUCUCGUACUGUCGCUAGAUACUCUUCCAUUGAACACUCAUCAAUGUCAAGCGGGCCAACUCUACAUGUUGUAUUACCCGACUACUCUAGUAUUACAGUCCAUUACUGGUUUGUUUGUUAGCUCGA